AUGUUCAGGCACGCGCUGCAUGCUGUUGCAUCUUUCAGAGAGGAGGAGAUAGCAGCCAGAGUGGAGUACUUGAGGAUCACGUUCAGGUGGACGGAUGAUGAGGUGGGCUUUGCUGUUUCUAGGGCUCCAAUGGUGCUGACGAGGGCUAAGGAAUCGCUGCAGCGCACGUCCGAGCUCCUCAUCUCCGAGGUGGGGUUGGAACCGGCAUACAUUGCUCAUCGGCCGACACUGCUCACUUUCAGCCUGAAGGGCCGGCUAAGGGCCCGACACUAUGUUGUAAAGUUUCUUAAGGAAAAUGGAUUGCUAGGUCGCAACCGGGAUUACUAUUCCGCAGUCAAGAUAACCGAGAAGGAAUUUGUGGAGAAGUUCAUAUGCCCUCACAAGGAAGGUGCACCACACCUGGCUGAUGAUUAUGCGGCAGCCUGCAAAGAUGAAGUGCCGACUAGAUUCAGAUUUAUAUGA